AUGAAGUUAAUAAACCAUUUAAGUUGCACUAAUUUAGUUUGGUUUCAGGAGCGAGCAUUGUGGAGAACUUUCUUAGUUCUGAUCUCCUUCCUGCGUUUCUCGCCACAAAACUAUAUUUUGUUGAAUAAACAACGUGACAUAGAACACUGUCUUGGAAAAAUAAAAGUAUUAUUAUUAAAAUUUAUAUUCGAAUUUUUUAUCUUCAAUAACACUUUUAAUGAUAUUUCAAAUAUUUUACAAUAUGAUAAACUAUUUGUUUUAUUUCAUAUUACUUGA